AUGUACCAGUUCAUAUGUGAAGAAGUUGAGAAGGCACAUUGUUUUCUAGAUUCCCUGAUUGUUGCUGUCAAACCAAAGCCACCUCCUAAACAUAUUCGGAAUGGGUUAGAUGAUGAUGGUGAUGACGAGGAUCUGGAGUUUCGUCUUCCACAAUCUGCGAGUGGGUGGAAGAGGAAGCUUUUCUACUUUCUACAUGAUAAACUGAAGUUUCCUGAUAUGCUCUUGAUGGCAAUUUUCUCUCUAAGUCUAAAGAUGUGGGCUGUUAUUAUUAUAUGGUUUAUCCUGGCACCCAUUGCUCAUAGAUGGGAUAUGGGUCCUUUGUAUAUUCUUGCAACGGGCUUUGCUAUCAUUUUCCUAAAUCUUGGACAGCGACAGCAUGGUGAUAUGAGUGCAUAUUCUAUUUUCAAUGAAGAUUUUAGAGAGCUUCCUGGGACUCUUAAUGCAGAUCGUCUUGACAGAGACAUCCGGGCAGGUCAGUUUUGA